GUUGGGUGUUCAGUGACACUAAAGGACAGUGAAUGAACUAGAAGCUUCUACACCAUGAGCGACUCUGCACUGAGCCUCUUCAGAGUCCUGGGCAGCAUCUCUGGGUUCCUGCAGCUGACCACCCUGCUUGGCCUGCUUCUGCUGCUCUUCAAGGCUGUCCAGUUCUACCUGCACAGGCAAUGGUUGCUCAGAGUCCUGAAGCAGUUCCCAUGCCCGCCUUUCCACUGGUUCUUUGGGCACAAGAUCCAAAUGGACGAGGAACUGCAAGAGACACUGAAAUGGACAGAGAAAUUUCCAAGUGCCUGUCCUCGCUGGCUAUGGGGAAAUAGGAUCUUCUUCCUGGUUUAUGACCCUGACUACAUGAAGGUGAUUAUGGGGAGAUCAGACCCCAAAUCUCAAAGUACCUACAAAUUUCUCGUUCCCUGGAUUGGGUAUGGUUUGCUCCUGUUGAAUGGGCACACGUGGUUCCAGCACCGUCGGAUGUUGACCCCAGCCUUCCACUAUGACAUCCUGAAGCCCUAUAUGGAAGUCAUGGCUGACUCUGUCAGAGUGAUGCUGAACAAAUGGGAGAAGCUUAUCAACCAGGACUCCUGUCUUGAGAUCUCUCAACACAUCUCUUUGAUGACCCUGGAAACCAUCAUGAAGUGUGCCUUCAGCCACCAGGACAGUGACCUGUUGGUCAGGAAUUUCCAGUCCUACAUCCAGGCUAUUUAUGACCUGAGCUACUUGAUACCUUCUCGUUUGCGGAAUGCCUUUCAUCAGAAUGACACCAUCUAUAGACUGACCUCUGCUGGCCGCUGGUACAACCACGCCUGCCAGAUUGCCCACAAGCACACAGACCAAGUGAUCAGGCAGAGAAAGGCUCAGCUGCAGGAUGAGGGAGAGCUGGAGAAGGUCAGGAGGAAGAGGCGCUUGGAUUUCCUGGACAUCCUCCUGUUUGCCAAAAUGGAGAAUGGAAGCAGCCUGUCUGAUGAGGACCUGCGUGCAGAGGUGGACACCUUCAUGUUUGAGGGCCAUGACACCACAGCCAGUGGUAUCUCCUGGAUCUUCUAUGCUCUGGCCACACACCCUGAGCAUCAGCAGAAGUGCAGGGAAGAGGUUCAGAACCUCCUGGGGGAUGGAGCCUCUAUCACCUGGGACCACAUGGACCAGAUGCCCUACACCACCAUGUGUAUCAAGGAAGCCCUGAGGCUCUAUCCACCAGUACCAGGUAUAGGCAGAAAACUCAGCAAACCUAUCACCUUUCCUGAUGGACGCUCCUUACCAAAAGGUAUCAUUGUUACACUGUCCAUUUAUGCUCUUCAUCACAACCCGAAGGUGUGGCCAAACCCAGAGGUGUUUGACCCUUUUCGAUUUGCACCCAAUUCUUCUCGACACAGCCAUUCAUUCCUGCCCUUUUCAGGAGGACCUAGGAACUGCAUAGGAAAACAAUUUGCAAUGAAUGAAAUGAAGGUGGCUGUGGCCCUUACACUGCUCCGCUUUGAGCUGCUGCCAGAUUCCACCAAAGUCCCCUUCCCCAUACAACGUCUUGUGUUAAGGUCCAAGAAUGGAAUCCACCUGCAUCUCAGGAAGCUCCACUAAUACUGUCUUACAGCUCUGGAGAUCAGAUGUCUGAUCAGAUGGAUUUCCCUGGACAAAAACCAAGCUGUUGCAGAAUGUCUCAGGAAGAAACUCUUUUCUCCACCUUCCAGCUUUGCUCUUGAGAUCUCCUAAUGGUUGGAUAGGUCCACCUACGAGGGAUCAUCUCCUGUACUUGAAGUUGACCAAUUGUACAUGUUAACCCCAAACAAAACAUUUCUUCACAGCUACAACUGGACUAGCAUUUAAUUGAAUAAGUAACUAAUUCAACCUUGUCAAGGUGAAUCAUAAACAUCGCACUUCAUCUUUGGCAAAUUAUCAUUUAUAUACAUCCCCAUAAACUUACUUAAUCUGAAAAUAAAGAUUUGCGAUGUAACCAAACCACUCCAAGAGUGUUUAUAGCCUUCAGAUAUAAAACAAAGUCAUGUUUCUGCCAACUACCCUGAAUAGUAUUAAAAAUACACUAACAUUUUCCUCCCAAGUACAAUAAAAAAUCGGUUCAUGAUG